GGAUCUCCACCUACGUAUGUAUUUACAUCAACACAAUUUUCUAUCUAAAUAUGUCAUGGAACGAUUCACUUAAUUCGUUGGGAUAACUUGAUCUCAAUACGUGUUGCUGAUAGAUGUAUGUGCCAAUUUUAGCACGUGCGGAUUUAAUAGAUUUCCAGUCAUUUCAACACACAGAUAUAAAAUCAACUUUCGCACGCAUUCGAGACAAUCCCACCGACAAUCCUAAGAUUCCAUACGAUUUUAUUUCAUCCCAAUAUCGCAGAAUUAUAAUAAACUACACAAAAACCUACAAAUUGCCUGCAAAUUCGGGUACUGCAUCCACAACAUCCAAAAAGCAGAAUCCAGACGUUCCCGUGAACAAUAUGAAGAUUGCCCUAGUUCUUCUCUCGGCUGCCUUCGUAUCGGCCAACGACAUUCCUCUCGGGAUCCCGGUCACAAUUACCAACCAUUUCACUGGAUUUAGCUUAUCCAGCCGGAUAGAAUCACUAAUUCUACUUGCUGAUGUUAACGAUAAGUCGACUCUCUACGCAUGGGUGGUCAAUAAGGAUGGCACGAUAUCCACAUACGACAACGCUGCCACUGGAGGCCACCCACGUUGCAUUUCGGGUAGGACCAAAGGACACUUUGCCCUUGUUGAAGGCUGCAAGGCUUCGGAUUUUGGGCACAGGUGGCGUGUCAAAUCAGUUGAAUCCACCUUCAUGUUUAUAAAUGAUGGGUCAAACUCGUCCCUAACUAACGAGAUAGGUUUCUCCGUUCUCUCGGAGGAAGUAUCAGGAGCAGAAACGCAGCAGUGGAAAGUCCAACCGUACGUUGUGUAGACAAAUGCCAGAAAAGUAAAUUGAUGUCCUAGGCAUUAAAAAGUUUUUUUUUCAAUAUCUAUUUUACUUGGUUAAAUUAAAUAGGUAUUUGAGAGUAGAUAUUGGUGUAGCCUCUAAUUUUUUUUGAUAAUCACUCAUUAGAGUUGGAUACAUAAAUAAAUGUCGAAAUUGGUAGUAUUUGUUGAAGUAGA